CUGUCGAAAAAACGACUGCUCUACCACUACGAUUCCGAUAAGACUCCUGCUCGCCCACGCCGACGCACGCCAUACACAAAAAAAAUGGAGCGCGAGCACUGGUUGCUCUGCGCUCUCAUCGCCGUGCCGCUCCUCUACUACCUGACCACCAUACUACCACCACGCUCCGGCAGCAGCAGCAGCACCCGACGACGGCUGCCGCCGGGCCCUAGGCCGCUCCCACUCGUCGGCAACCUCCUCGAUCUGAGCGGCGGCAACGGCAACCUCCACCACGCGCUCGCGCGCCUCGCGCGCGUCCACGGCCCCGUCAUGCGCCUCAAGCUGGGGCUCACCACGGCCGUGGUCAUCUCCUCGCGCGACGCCGCGAGGGAGGCGUUCACGCGGCACGACCGUGCGCUCUCGGCGCGCGCCGUCCCGGACAUGGCCCGCGCCGCGGGGUUCUCCGCGCGGUCCAUGAUCUGGCUCCCGGCGUCGGACCCGCGGUGGAAGACGCUGCGCGGCGUCGCGGCCGCGCACGCCUUCUCCCCGCGCAGCCUCGCCGCGGCGCGCGCCGUCCGGGAGCGCAAGGCGCGGGAACUCGUGGGGUACUUCCGCCGGAGGGCGGGGCAGGAGGUGGGGGACGUCGGCGAGGCCGUGUACGGCGGCGUGCUCAACCUCGUGUCCAGCGCGCUCUUCUCCGUCGACGUGGUCGACGUCGACCUGGGCGCCGAGUCCGCACGAGGGCUGCGGCAGCUCGUGGAGGAGAUCGUCGACGGUAUCGCCAAGCCCAACGUGUCGGACCUCGUCCCUUUCCUUGCCCCGCUCGACCUGCAGGGAUGGCGUCGCUGGACGGCACGGCGCUUUCGCGACGUCUUUCGGAUCUUGGAUGGCAUAGUCGACAGGCGGUUGUCCGCCGCCGACGAAGCGUCGUCCCCUGCUGCUGCUUCGUCAGAGGGCGGCACGCAUGACGGCGACUCCCUCGACGCGCUUCUGGAGCUGCUGUCCGCGGGGAAGCUCACGCGUGACAACGUGACGACCAUCAUGUUCGACGUCUUCGCCGCCGGGACCGACACCAUCGCCAUCACGGUGGAGUGGGCGAUGGCCGAGCUGCUCCGCAACCCGAGCGCCAUGGCCAAGGUGCGAGCGGAGAUCCAGGGCUCCGUCCUCGGCGGCAAAGAGAGCGUCGAGGAGCACGACGCGGUGAGCCUGCCGUACCUUCAGGCCGUGGUGAAGGAGGCGAUGCGGCUGCACCCGGUGGCGCCGAUCUUUCUGCCGCACCAGGCCGCGGAGGACGGCGUCGAGAUCGGAGGCUACGCCGUGCCCAAGGGCUGCACCGUCAUAUUCCUCGCCUGGUCGAUAAUGCGGGACCCGGCGGCGUGGGAGAGGCCCGACGAGUUCAUCCCGGAGCGGUUCUUGGACAGGGAGGAGGAGAUGGGGUUCAGAGGGAAGGAGUUGGAGUUCAUCCCGUUCGGCGCCGGCAGGAGGCAGUGUCCCGGCCUGCCCAUGGCGGAGCGCGUCGUGCCACUCAUCUUGGCGUCCCUGCUGCACGCCUUUGAGUGGCGCUUGCCGAACGGUGUCUCCGCCGAGCAACUGGACGUGAGCGAGAAAUUUACCACUGCAAACGUGCUGGCUGUCCCUCUUAGGGCCGUGCCUGUAGUUAGGACCUGCUAAUUAAACUGCUAAGUAUACUCAUCAAUUUCUUGAUACAGUCAAUUAGUCAUGCCAUGUGGAUUGCUAUAGGUCUAACGUGGUGUGGCGUUGGUGUUUUACUGUGUUUUUUUUGUUAAUAUAUACAGUGAAUUAAACUAGAUCAAAUUUCACCUUUGCCA